AUGAGCGACCAACAAGCAAAUAAAGAAGCUCUGCCCCCACCGGGUAGCAUGAUUUGUUGCCAAACGCAGAACCAAGUGAUUCAAUUAAAGUUUGAGUGGACCUUUCAACAUUUUGCUUUUCUAAAUUCUUUUGAAAAAUGGGGAGAUUAUUAUGAUUCAUCUGAAUUUCAUCACGAAAACACCACUCGUUCAAGGUGGAUUCUGCGGUUGUUCGGCCAGGGCAACCAUGUGAAAGUCAACCUGAAUAGGCCCUAUUUCAACAACACUAAUACCCCAUUGGAAACUCCUGUCCGAGUGACGAUUGCGCUUUUAAGUACAAAACGCGAAAAGAUUUUUUCGCAACACCACAGUUUACCUCGCUAUACUCAAUUGCCUUUUUGUGUUUAUCAGAUCGAGAAAAAAGUAUUGGUGGAAUCCGAGUGCUUCGUCAAUGGGAAACUCACCAUCGACUGUGAGAUCGAAAGUUUCAUUGCACAGGUACCUGUAAUUCUAUCAGGCAAGCCGUCUACAGAGGCAGCAUAUAUCCCUGAGAAAUCUUUCAGCAACAGCGAUCAACUGGUUGCUCAACUAGAAGAACUCUACGACAACAUGAAGUUUUCUGACAUCACCGUGAAUGUCCGUGGACGUCGAUUUCAAGCCCACAAAAACAUUUUGGCCACAAGAAGCACAGUUUUUGCCGCUAUGUUUGAGCACCCGACAAAAGAAAAUUUAACUCACCAAGUCGAAAUUAAAGACGUUGAUCCAGCCGUGUUUGGUGAAAUCCUCCGCUACAUCUACACCGGUCGUCUGUCGGAGUCAACGAUGAGGAAGAUGUCCGCUGGAAUACUUGCAGCCGCCGAUAAAUAUCUGUUGGAACAGUUAAAAAUGGAAUGUGAAACUCAAUUAAUUCAUCGGAUGUCGGCAGAGAAUUGUCUAGAAUUACUUUUGAUCACCGAUGAACACCACCCAGCGUUUCAUUUGAAGAAGUACGCGGUCGAAUUCUUCCGUCGUUUCUCAGGCGAAGUGAUGGCGACGGACGAAUGGGAAAAGACAGAAAAAAGUCAUCCGGAGCUAUGUCUCACUAUCCUGAAGUUGCUUGUCAAGUCUCUUGUUUAG